CCCUCCACCCUCUGCGACUGCUACAUCAACACACCCACCCCCUCCGACCCAGAUACCACGAUCUUCACACACUACAAACUCUGGGACUUCCGCAACGUGCCCCUGCCCGCCCUAUCCAUCGAAAGCACGCCAACCAACCCAUCCUCCCCAUCCUCCCUCCUCGAAACCUACCCCCUCACCAAAACCCCCUUCGACAGCGACUGGCGCGCCCAGAACUGGCAACGAAACGCCACCCCCCUGGGUCCAAUUCCCAUGAUCAACACAGACCGGAACGUCUUCCUCCUGAAAGACGUGACCAGCAGUCCGCAAGACCCCAAGUCGUCAUUCCUGGUUCUCCGCACAACACGAUUCCCGGACCACGCGUCCACAGCGGAGUUGGACGGCCAGUUUGGGCCCGUGUAUCAUUGCUCACUGAGGGUGCGGAUGCGGAUCAUGUCCGAGAGGGAGAUAUUGCGCGCUGCAGGGAAGGUUAGGAAGGAUAAGAAUACCGUGGACUCCAAGACUAACUCCAACUCCAACUCCAAGACCGACCCCAUCCCCCCCGGCACCUGCGCCGGCAUAUUCACCUACCUCACACCGACCUGUGAAUCCGACAUCGAGAUCCUCACCUCCGAAGACCCGCACACAAUCCACUACGCCAACCAACCGGACUACGAUCCAGUCUCAGACACCUCGAUCCCGGGGUCCAGCACCACCGUGAACCUCUCGACGCCAUGGACCUUGUGGACGACGCACCGACUCGACUGGCACGCCGGGUCCUCCGUCUGGUUUGCUGACGGCCAGGUAGUGAGUAAUCUCUCGUACUCGGUGCCGGAUCAACCGAGUGUGGUGGCUGUGAAUCUGUGGAGUGAUGGGGGCAAUUGGUCGGGGGAUAUGAAGGUGGGGGAGAGUGUGUUUAUGGGGAUUGAGUGGAUCGAGAUGCUUUAUAAUGUUUCUUCUUCU